CACAGUGUUGUUUUGGCCAGCUCCUGUACUUUUCUCCAGCAGGAGGGUAAUGUCGGAGGGGAUUUAACACUGCGCUGAUAGAGCUGUUAGAGAGAGAGAGAGAUAAACAGAUAGAGAGAGAGAGAGGGAAGUGUUGGAGUUGGUCAUGGCGGAGGACAGUGAGUGGGUGGUGGAGAGCAUGGCUGGGUACCUGAGCAGCCCUGACUGGCUCAUACCUCUCACUGACUUCAUGGAAAAUAAAUGCUCAGUGUUCGACGAGGAGGAGGAAAAUAAAUUAUCCUACACGGAAAUCCAUCAGCAAUACAAGCAACUGGUAGAGAAGCUGUUAGAAAACUACAUGCAGGAGGUCGGCAUUAGCGAGCAGCAGUUUCUGGACGCCUGCUCGUCUCCAAUCGCCAAGUCGAAAACCGUACAAGCUCUGUUCCAACCGGUGCUGGCCACCAAUGACUUUCAGAUGUUUCGCUCGCUGAUGGUGCAAAAGAACGUGGAGCUGCAGCUUCAGGCCCUGCGCGUCAUCAAGGAGAGGAACGGAGCUCUACCGGAAUGUUUGACCGACGGCACGGACGUGAUGAGCGAACUGGAGCAGCAGGAGAUGCAGAUCCUCCAGGAGGUUCUCAAGCGAUCGAAAGAGGAGUACGACGAGGAGAUCGCUCGCAGGGAGCGCUUCACGCAGCAGGUCAGCUCCGCGUCCUCCAGCCUCCACGAGGAACCAGCGAGAAACGGGUCUGACCCUCAGGCCGCCGGCCACACCCCCGCCCAGCCAAUCAACAGCCUCAAUGCGAACGAGGACAAGGUGAUUACUGAGCGAAGUUUAGCCAGUGCGUCUUCGAAAGCUUCUGAUAAUUGUAGCACGGAGACGAAGACGCUACCAGCAGUCCGAGUGCCUGUUAAGGGUCCUGCGCCACCGCCGGCGUCGUCUCGGGAGAAAAGCGCCAACCAGUCAGCGGAGAGCUGGUUAGAGGAGGCACGCAAGGAAGCGGGAAUCUCCAAACCGUUUAGAGAGCUGACGGCGGCGCAGCAGGAGCAGCUGCAGCAGAGAGCCGAGUAUCUGAGGCAGCAGAGGGACAAACUGCAGGCGCUGAAGAAAGAGCAGAAAGGAAAAUCCGCAAGCGUAGAAAAGGAGGAAACCCCCUCCCCGACCCCGACGCCCACACCCCCGACACCGGAAAUCUCGGUCGAGGAGAAGAAGAAGCUGCAGAAGAGGAAACACCUGGCUGAGAAACUGAAAGAAGAAGUUAUUAGGAAGUAAUGAUGAUGAUGAUGAUGAUGAUGGUGAUAAAGAUUUUGCGCAUGAAGAAGACUGAAAUAAAUCCACAGAAACAAACCAAGAACAGGAAAACAUCCAUGAUACAAUAAUGAUGCCAUAUGGAAUAAUACGAUAUAAUAAUAUACGGUACGAUACAAUAAUGUAUGGUAUGGUAUGAUACAGUAUGAUAUGAUGUGAUACAGUACGAUAUGAUACAAUACGAUAUGAUAUAGUAUGAUGAGCAAUAUGAUACGAUAUGAUAUGAUAUAAACUCAUUAAAGUGUAUCUUCUUUAAUAAACUCUGUUUUAUACA